GUCGUGUGUUGCGUAUCGCAAUAUACAUAUUCUCCGACUCCGUUUUCGUGUGAUUUAUUCUUCGAUUUUUGUGAAUAAAGUGCCCCAUCACGCAGUGCAAGACCUAUAGCUGGUUGAAAAUUUAAUUUACAUCGGAAAUACCGGUGUACGACGGGAUUCGUGGGGAGGAUUUGUGGACCGUCCGUCAGUUCGAAGAGAAGAAGCCAUGUCCGGAGCAAGCAUCAGUCGCAACGAGGUGGUGCAGUUUGUGCUGCGAAUUUCGCUAGUUUCGAUUGUCACCUACUAUUCGGCCAAAUGGCUCAUGAAGAACCUGGACCCGACCAACAAGAGCAAAAAGAAAGCCAUCGAUAAAGCGGAGGACAUUCUGAGAAAACUUGGCCCGAACAUUAAAAAGACUGCUCUGACCAAUCUGAAUGACUACGAGCUGGUCAUCGCUUCCCAUUUGGUUGUGCCGGAAAACAUCAGCGUCAGUUGGGAUAGUAUCGCUGGACUGGAACAUGUUUGUCAGGAAAUCAAGGAGAGUUUGGUAUUCCCAGUAUGUCAUCGUGAUAUGUUCCCGGCAUCAUCGCUCUAUCAAGCACCGAAAGGAGUGCUUCUGUACGGACCACCAGGUUGCGGUAAGACCCUGAUAGCCAAAGCAACUGCCAAGGAAGCUGGUAUGCGUUUUAUCAAUCUGGAUGUUGCUAUGCUAACCGACAAGUGGUACGGCGAAUCGCAGAAACUCGCCUCGGCCGUGUUCUCCCUGGCCGUUAAAAUCCAACCGUGCAUCAUUUUUAUCGAUGAAAUUGAUUCGUUCCUCCGGGCUCGCAAUUCUUCCGACCACGAAGCUACGGCCAUGAUGAAGACCCAGUUCAUGAUGCUGUGGGAUGGGUUGAAUACGGAAUCCGAUUCGACCGUCAUCGUCAUGGGAGCAACCAAUCGGCCGCAAGACUUGGAUAAGGCCAUCCUGCGACGAAUGCCGGCACAGUUCCACAUUGGACUACCGAGCGAAGAUCAGCGAUUGAAGAUCUUGCAAUUGAUCUUGCGACAGGAGAAACUUGCCACCGACGUUGAGUAUGCUCAGCUGGCACGUAUGACGAAUGGAUACUCCGGGUCAGAUUUGCGGGAGAUGUGCCGGAAUGCUUCCGUCUACCGAAUCCGGAAGGUGAUGCGUGAAAAGACUAAGGAAAUUGCAGCAGCUGCAGCAGCAGCAGCCGAAGCCGCAAAGGCCAACGGAAUGACGAAUGGCCACUGCAGUACGCCAGCGUCUUCCGUUGGAUCUCCAAUGCUGGACGAAGCUCCGGCCAUCACGAUGGAAGACUUGGUCGAAUCACUGAGAAAUAUGAAGCACUCCAAAUACAACUCGGGGCACAUUAACGAUGCCCGUAUAGAUUUAGAUUAAUAGCGCGCUUCUAAUUCUUAGUAUAUAUAAAAAACAGAAACGAAAAUCAGAUCAAAACGCUUACACAGGAAUGUUAAACAUUUUUUUGAACCUACGUUAUGUGUUCCACAUCCUUUGCGGAUUUGAUUGUACUAUUUUUUUUCCAAAACUAGUUUUCCGGCACAAUUUUUAUCGCUAUCAGGCUAGUAUGUACCUAGUUGGAAUCGAAUGUUGUAUUUAAAUGCCAGUGGAAACAGCUAAUAUAUUGUUGAAAUACAAAUAUCUUUCACUAGCGCGUUUGAUUAUCUAGUAGACAUAAUCAAGAAAGCAAACAGUCAAAUAAUUAGCUCUUAGAAGGUAAAGGAUUUACAUUGCAGGAAUUAACCGGACUAGAGCGAGCGCUUCUCAUGCGUGGAAGCGUCUGUUGUGAAGGAUUUAGAUUUAAACCCAUUUUCAUUUCUAAUAUAAUAAUGCUAAGAUUAAACUGUGUCUAUGUAGAUAUGUACCGAGAUGAAGAAUAAAAAUGUUGAAGUGGUAGUU